AUGGAUUUGGAAAUAGUUUAUGCGAUUCACACUUUUGAAGCUACUAAUGAAGAUGAAGUUCCCUUUCAAUACGGAGAACCAAUAAUAGUCAUAGAAAAGGAUGAUAUUUACGGGGAUGGAUGGUGGCAGGGCCAAAAUGUCAAAGGUCAAAUUGGUCUUUUCCCAAUGAAUUAUACCAGUAAUAUGAGUCCAUUAGAGAAUUUAAAUAAUGAUGGGCCUGGUCCAAUACCAUCUUCAUAUAACAAUUUCAAUAAUUCCAUAGCCAUGCUCACUUCCAAUUCUGAUUUAAACAUCAUUCCAUCAGAAUAUAGAACUCCAAGUCCUUCUGUCGAUGAAACCAUUAAUGAUGUACAAGAUCGAUUAAAUAAUAUGGCCGUGAAAGAUCAAGAAAUAUCAAAAAGCAAUUCACAUUCAAGAAACACUUCGAUAAACGGAGUUAGUAAUAGUGGAAAACAUUUUAAACCAUCAUCUUCUAUAUCGAGUGCUAGUAGUUAUAUGUCUUCGCUAAAAAAUGAUCAAAUAUCACAUCACAAGUUUGAAAAUACAAUCGACGCAAGACAAUUCGCAACAUCUCCGCCUCCUUCAUUUGCCAACUUUAAUAACACUAACACCGAUAUCAAUAAUUCAAAUCCUUUAACUUGGAAUCUUGAUCAAGUUUGUGUGUGGCUGCGUCAACAUGGUUUUGAGGCUGUAGUAAACAAUUUCAUUGAAAAUGACAUCACUGGUGAUGUCCUUCUCAAUCUUACCGCUGAAAAUCUUAAGGAACUGAAUAUUCCUUCGUUUGGUAAACGAGUGCAUAUAAUGAAUGCUAUCAAUAAACUUAAAGUACAAUAUGGAAUUGAUAACUAUAAAGAUAAUGUAUCUGAGGGAAAUGAAAAAAAUAUUCAAAACGACAAUAAUGAAAACGGUAACGUCAACGAUAAAUCAAAAAGGGAUUAUAACAGAGAUUCUAAUACAGAUCCUUCAAUACCCACCACCAAUGACAAUAUGUCUGAUUCAAAAGAACCGGCUCAAACGUCAACGCCAAAUACUCCGAAUUCAACAAGUUCUACGCAUAAUUCUCGAAUAAAAAAAUCUCAUGAAGGUGGAAAAGAUGAAAUUAGUAAUGUUCAAAGACCUCCUUUAGCCAAAAAAGGCAGCAAAAUUUUUUCAAGGUUUAAUAGAACUAGCAGAUCAGAUAAAUUUGUAAAAUCAAAAAAAGACAAACUGAGAUCAAACUCAACAGGGGGUUGGAAUUUUUUAGCGGAGGAAGAAAAUUCAUCUAUGAAGGAAACAUCAGAAAAUUCUAAAUAUUCGCAACAAAUUUCAUCCGACCCAGGAAAAGGCAAAAGUACAAGAUUAUUUCCAACAAGAAAAUCAAGAAAAACAGCUAUUAUGGAUCGUAAUAGUUUGGUCGGGAGUCAAAUUGGUUUACCAAAAUAUGCUAACACAGAUGAAGAAGAUAAUCCAAUAGAUAAUAAGAAGUUGGAAAGUUUUUAUGAACAUACUGUAGAUAAAAUUGAAGAAGAAGAAAAUGAUGAAUCGUUGAGCUCAAAUGAAGUUCCUGAUUAUAAAGGAAUGUUGAAAGUACAAGGAGAAAAAUCAAAAUCAUCAUGGAAAUCGAGAUUUUUUAAAGGGCAUAUAAACCUUACAGGCUAUCGUGUUAUUUCAGAUUCUAAAUUAUUACAAGGAAAUUAUGGAUUUAAAUUAGUUCAUGACACUGAACGCCAAUAUUGUUUUGCACACGAUGAUCGUGAAAAAUUUAGAGGAUGGUUUAAUGCCAUGAUGAAAGCAACAAUAGCAAGAGACACAAAAGUUUAUAAAUCUUCGUGUGUUGGUAAUUCAUCAUCACCAGUUGUUGGUGUUCCAUCCAAACACAAUAGCGAACUUCUGGUGUCAAGAAUGAUCUGUUUAAAGAUCAAUAUUGAAUGUAAUGUUCCUGAUAGUGAACACAUGUCUUCAAAUGAGCAAGACACACAGUUAAAGAAAUUAAUGUAUCAAAUAAACACUGCAUAUGCACAAGGAAACUUUGGAUAA